AUGGUAGCCUGUGCGGAAGCAGCCAAAGACUUGGGAACUGUCUUGCGAAAUCACCCAAAGCUUACCAGCUACUACAAGUUGAUCCAGAAAUACCCCGAGAUCUUGAUGCAAUUACCCAGUUAUAAGGGCGUGACGAUUGUGGCGCCUUCAGAUUACGCCUUCACUCAGAUCCCGUAUUCAGCACUUUCAAAUAUCUGGAAUCCUGAACACAAAAACACGACUGUUCCUCUGCUCCAAUAUCACAUCCUCCAGGGGACCAUCAACACUGGGGACCUCAAAGCCGGCCCUGCCUAUGUCAAGCCUACACUCCUUAAGGAUCCUACAUGGGCCAAUGUCACAAACGGUCAGAAUAUCCUCAUUACAAAGCAACCGGAUGUGGUGGUCUUUAGCACAAGACUUGGCAGUCGAGCCACGGUCGUCAACAACGAUAUUGAGUUUGAGGGUGGUCUCAUCCAAAUCGUCGACAGUGUGCUUGUACCUCCCUCUGGGAUCGGCCAGGUCUUGACGGCGAGCCAAGUGCAAUCCUUCCUCGGCGGCUUGUACGACUCCAGGAUCAUGCCCGCUCUCGACGGCGUCAAGGACAUCACCGUCUUUGCUCCCAGGGACCAAGCCAUGGAAGCCAUUGGAGGAACUCUUGCCAAUAUGAGUUUGAGCCAGCUGGCCGAGGUCAUGGGCUACCACAUUGUCCGUGGCAAGGUGCUAGUGUCUACGGAUCUCAGAAAUGCCAAAUCUCUCAAGACAAUAAGCCAGGGCAAAAGGCUGCAAAUCCGUCAAAUCGGCAACGAGAUGUUUGUCAACUCGGCCAAGAUCAUCUCAACCGACAUCCUCAUCUCCAACGGCAUUCUACACAUCAUCACCAACGUCAACAACCCUAAUGACGCGGAUGCAGUGCCGAAUCCCAACCUCUGGGCGCAGACUCCUGUCUUCCGCAACAGCCACGUCGACAACGUGUUCCAGACGGCCAUACCCUGCACUACGCUCUGCAUAACCGACCUUCACAUGACGCCCAAGGCGACGGCGACAAAGGAAAAUGUAGACGCGGCUGCCAUGACACCCGACUCCAUGUACACAACGAGGAGCAAGGGAAUGGCUCCAGCGCGGGCUACGGCGCAUGUGGCUCGGGCUGCUCUGGGCAUGAUGGGCAUAGGUGCGGGAAUGGCUCUCUUGUGA